ACGUCAGUGGUUCCCGCGCGUUGUAUUCCUUGUGCGGUUGUAGUAGGAAGUAUGGGGAGCUUAUUACAGUUUCUGAGGCUGGUGGGGCAACUGAAGAGAGUACCACGGACAGGCUGGGUAUAUAGAAACGUAGCAAAUCCAGAGAGUGUCUCAGAUCAUAUGUACAGGAUGGCAAUCAUGGCUUUGGUAACUGAAGAUAAAACACUUAAUAAAGAUAGAUGUAUACGACUAGCUCUGGUUCAUGAUAUGGCCGAGUGCAUUGUUGGUGACAUCGCUCCUGCUGAUAACAUUACUAAAGAGGAGAAACAUAGACGAGAAGAGGAUUCUAUUUUUCAGGAUGCUAUGGAACAACUGACCCAAUUGCUGUCAGAAGACUUAAAAAAAGAAAUUUAUGAACUUUGGGAAGAAUAUGAAUACCAGUCUACUGCUGAAGCAAGAUUUGUGAAAGAGCUGGAUCAAUGUGAGAUGAUACUUCAAGCUUUUGAGUACGAAGAGUUAGAAAAAAAACCUGGAAGACUGCAGGAUUUUUACGAUUCAACUGCAGGAAAAUUUAAUCAUCCAGAAAUUGUUCAGUUUGUGUCUUCCAUAAAUACAGAAAGAAAUACAAAAAUAGCUGAUGCAUCGAACAGCGAUCCUGCAUCUUGAGUGGUCUUUUGAAUAUUUGCAGUUGUUACCUAAAUUAAAAAAAAGUUAUG